CCCUGGUGCACUGUUGGGGGCAUAAAAGAUACUGGUUCUUCCCCAGUGUAAGAAAACUCGUAAAUUUCCCCUUGAACAUACAUCCACAGCGGUACAAAUAUGAACCGUAAAUGUCUUUUCCUUUUUGAAAAACCUUUUACCAAAGAUAGAUGUUUUGAGUUUCCUGGUUCUGCUAUAAAUUUAAAUAUUAAUUUGAACUGAUAAAGUAAGUGUUGAACAUGAACAACACACCCAUCACCAGAGUGUUAAGUAUCAGACUCAUCGUGAUGGAUAAGGGCCACACGGUGAAGCUCUUUGUGGGGAACUUGGCCCUGGACACCACGCAAGAGGAACUAUCUGCCAUUUUCGAGGCCUAUGGCCAAGUGGUGAGCUGUAGCGUCCUUCGGCAGUUCGCCUUUGUCCACUUGCAGGGAGAGGGCGCUGCUGAACGCGCCAUACGGGAGCUCAAUGGCCGAGAGUUCAAAGGUCGUAACCUGGUGGUGGAGGAGUCGCGGGGACGGCCACUCCACUCCACCAAAGUGUUUGUGGGAAAUCUGAGUGGAAUGUGUACCACAGAAGACCUGAAGGAACUUUUUCAGACUUUUGGAAAGGUCUUGGAGUGUGACAAGGUUAAAGCUUGGCACUCUUCUUCCACAGGCUAUGCUUUUGUGCACAUGGAGAACAAGGAGGAUGCACUACAAGCUAUCGAAGCCUUACACGGGACCUCAUUCAAGGGACGUCCACUCUCUGUGGAGUUGUCUAAAGUCCAACCUAGCAAGCAGACACCCACCGGAAAGAUCCCUUGCGUUAGUUGCGGUAAACAGGGUCACUAUGCUGGUGAGUGUCCCAGUGGGAAGCCUGCUUUGGAGCAGUACCAGAGUCAGGCGGCAGUACUAGCAGCCGCCGCUGCUGCUGCUGCAGGACUUCCACUUCAGGUACAACAGAGCGUCCACAACUCGGUCUACAACACAACAACCUUCGACCCCACCUAUGCUGCCUUGACUGGCCUGACUGCUGCUGGAGCAAGAGCGGAAGGAGCAGCCACUGUUGCACCUGCUGUAUAUGGCGCGCUAGCUAACCAGGUUUACGGAACAGUUGCUAACCAGCUCUAUGGAGGCACAAUGGCUAAUCAGGCUCUUAACACUUCGGCUGCCACACAGGUAUAUGGCUCUCUAAACCAUGCUCUUUAUGGCCAGAUGACAAGCGGAAGUGUUGCAGCUGCUGCAGCUGCUGCCGCUGCCUACGGACCACAGGUUUACACCCCUGCAAUGGCCAACCCUGUGUUUUUAGCUGCAGCACCUAGCAUGGAAGUACCUGCAGCCGCUGCUGCCGCUGCUGUUAACCCAGCCUACACGGUAGCUUCAGCCAUAUACACAGCUAACCCAGCUUACAGCGCCUUGGGAGCGGCUGACCCAACAGCCAUCUUUGAAGCAGCAAGGGCUCAGUACUUUGCACAGGGACAGCAGGUGCUAGCAGAGCAGCAGCCAGCUACUGCAAAAUCUGGGGAAAGAGACCGGAGCCCCCUCAGAAGAUCGGCACCACUGCUGCCUGACCCAGUUAUGAAGCCCUUUAUGUACCAGAGGGGAAAGCGCCGAGCACUGUUGCCUACUCCUGCGGGCCGGGAAGAGGCCGCAGCCCAGGAGGAGGAUGCUGUUGCCAGGUACUAUGCAGAGUACUAUCAGCAAUACCAGCAGCUUGCCCAGUACCCACAGUACUCCACAGUUCAUUAUCCAGCCCCGAGCCCACUGGCAGCAGUAUCUGCCAUCCCCACGCUGUCUGUACCUGCUGCACUCGACCCACUCAGGCCAGUGCUGCCCGCCGCCCCCGUGCCUGCCGCUGCCGCCAUCGCCAUGGCAACAUCCCGCGUGUAUGAGCCGCCGCCGAUUCCGCCGUCGCGCAAGGAGCCCAUCCUGCGCCGCUCCGAACUCGCCCUGCACCCUCCCGAAACGCCCUUCCGAUAGUGUGCACUUCUUCCCACUGUCCCCCCUUCUGUCCUCGCGCCAUGUCUAUGACUGUGUGUGCACAGAGUAUGUCUCUGUGCUUGUGUGUGUGUGUGUGUGUGUGUGUGUGAGAGUGAGAGAGUGAGUGAGUGAGUGUUUGUCUGGGUGCCUUGGCUUUUAAAGACUGGAAUAUCUGACCUUGGUCCUGAUCACACACCCGGUGUAGCGAGUCAGACUUAGGAAAGGGAAAGUGCACACUUUUAUUCAAACACAACAUAAAAUGUAACAUUUAGAAUCUCAAACCUUAAACCUGUAGACAGCUUUAAGGUGUAGGCUAAACUAUUAGCCAUGUGAUGUUUUGUGUGUGGAUUUUUAAAAAAAAAAAAACAAACAAAAAAAAAAACCACAUUUCUUUUUAUAUCUAUAUAAUAGACUAUGAAUGAUCCUGUACUUGAGAUUUUUAAGAUUUGCUUGAAAUAAUUAGAGGAACUAUGAACCAGUUUACGUAUAUGUCUGUACAUGAAUAUAUAUAAACACGUAUUAUUUAGAUGUCAAUACAUUUUAAUGAAUGUAUGUUUACUCCCCGAGGUGUGUGAAGUCCAGGACCAGGGUUUGGCAUUGUUUUUACCUAUAUGUGUGUGUGUUUGUCCUUUGUGUCUUCGAGACAGUGUAUGUGUGUUGUUGUCAGUUGCGUUGGUUGCAAUGACAGAAUGACAGGCACACACAUGGAUCAACACACACAUGCUUUUAGGGAAACUGCCUCGAUCUUCUACCACAAUGCAUACACUCGGCCUUCACGUACUGAGUGGGAAAAGAAAAAAAAAAAAAGUAAAUGAUCAGUGAUGUGCAUCACUCCUCCCCAUCCCAUGUCACCCAUCCUGAAAGCUGAAAGACACUGUGAAUCCUCUCCGCUUUUAUUUGUUUUAAUGUAGCUACACCAAUCAGUACGGGAAAAAACAGGGAGGAAAAAAAAACGAAUUUGGGAACUAUAACAUGGCUAGAUGUGCCAUUAGCUGGGAUCGGUCCUUCAGCUUUUUUUAGGCUAAUUGGACCUUCGUUCAUUGAAUUAACUGCCAUUUUGCAUUGUAGAAGCAUUUUGGAAGUAUCUUCUGAAUGAUUAUCCUGGUUUUUUUGUUUUUUUUUUAAUGAAAUGUACUAAAUGGGACUAAACAAAAAAAAAAGGUCUUCAUAAUCUUUGUUUACAGCCAUGAAUGAGAAGUAGCUUUUUAUCGAAUGAACAUGUUUAUAGCCAAAAUCUCAUUUUACAAAACAAAAAAAAAUCUUAGUGGCUUAUUAUUCUUUUGCCUUAUUAGAGAAAUGUAUAAAAGUGUGCUAUUUUUUUUAUUGUAGUCUUAAAAUGUGAAUCUAGAUGGAAGCCAGCACAACGAGAGUGCUAUUUUAUGGUGUGGGAGUAAAAGAAAUGGGAGAUCAGUUUCUUUCAGUCUUCUUUCCCAUUUGCUGUACAAUAUCACUAGACUGCCCCUCAUCCAUUCUCCAUCUCUCUCCAUCUUCCUUUGCAUCUGUCUUUAACUGUGUGCCAUCACCAUCUACUUUACACGUACCUACACAAUGAAGAGACAAGUGUUAUUGGGAAUGUCUGAGAAAAUGUCUUCAUUUGUGUAGUUUGUAUGUACAAAUACUAUGGAAAACUAAGGGUCUAUGCAUGGGCUUUAGGGAAAAAAAUAGUGUAACCAAGUAUAUAAUAAAAAUGUUUGAUCAUUAUGAAAGUAAAGGGAGAAAAGUUUUUCUGUUUUGUUUUAGUAUUUUUCCUUUUUGUUGAUGUUUUAUAAUUGUUUUUCUUCUGUGAAAUGACCAGACUCAAAUGAAUGGGAUCCUUGAGAAGAAGUGAAAGGACUAGAGACUGCCCCCCUGUCCCUCUUGGUUUCUGUGGAUGGGGUAAGUUGGGGGUGACCCUCGCUCUGUCCCCUUAGCUUUUACCAGCCCCAAAGGAGCUGCACUACACAAUGCUGCACCCUUUGACUAGAUAUCUACUCAACGCCACCACCCUCCUAAAACCUCCGCAAUGCGAGUUUGCUACACUGGCCGAUGUUUAUUUGCUUUUCGGGAGAACAGCACUGGUUUGGAGAUGUGGUGAAGCUUUGUGUGUACAACUUAAAUAUUGUGCAAUGGCUCUCAGAGACCGCGUACCUGACAGGGUACUCGAGAGGGUCUUGAGAGUUGUUUAGCUGACGCUUUGGUUUCUGUGAUAUGUUGGAUGUUGUGCAUGUUAUAUUUUAUUUUUAUUUUUUUUUCCUUCUUCAAAUUCCAAAUCCCAAAAUCGAACCUUUCUGACUCCACUGUCCCAAUUGAACUAGGUCCCUCAAAGGAACUGUGGACGCCGUUGGUGGGGUGAGGACAGUUAGCGCCGCGCAAUGUACAGGAAGCUCUCUCUGUCUUCAUGCAGGUAAAAAGCACUGUGCUUCGCCCCACCCUCUACCUCUCGUCCACCUGAUAGCGCCUGCGCCUGUACCGAACACCCGCUCUUCUCCUCCACUACCCCACUUCCCCCUCUAGUCUCCACUCCUUUGUCAGCAUCACCACAGCCGAUGGGGAUCCUCCAUGGGCCCAAGUUUGCCACAAUAUUUUGCUGAAAGAAAACACUGACAGGUUUUGCUUCGCAGCUUGAGUGACAGCAGGGGCUAACAGUUUGCUGCUGCUUCUGUUGGGCUGAUAUUCAUGUUGCUGCGAGUGAAGGGUGAAUGCGGUAGUGCGAUGAAGACUGGGUGAAUGUUAAAGGUUCUAGCUGACGAGUAAGUGUGUGUGUGUGUGUGUGUGUGUGAGAGAGAGAGAAGUGGUCGAGUGACUGGUUGAAGCUAUUGCUAUAGUGAAGUGUGCUUGGGUGUUAGUCUGUUCAGCAUCACGAGGCUUGGCAGAUGUGGACUCUUGGCUCAAGAGUCCUACUUAGUAUAUCGCCGAUCUCGCUUGCCCCCCCCAAUUCUUCCUUUACACCCUCCCUUUUUUCCACUCGGCCCCCUACCUACCCCCCAGACCUUCCUGGAGUUUGUCCGCCGUACACACACAGCUUGCCGCCGUCCUCGUCGCCUUCCAAAACCCGGCUCUCGAGUUUGUUCGGUGUUACGCACUUGCUGCCUAACUUCCCCUUUGCUGGACAUGACAUGGCAUUGUCAGGCAAUUAAACUGAUAGUUCACCCUAAAUGCGACAUCAGACUCUGUAACUAGAGCUUCAGACAAAAACUAUAAGGUUUUGCCCUCCCUACAAGAGAUCACAAGUUUGAUCCCACAGCCUUCGUAGGCCAAAGGUUAUAACUGGACCAGUGUGGCUACAGGAUUUUAAUCCAGCCAAGCAGGAGCCACACCAGAUAGUUGAAUCUAGGCAAGGAACAGGUGAAUAAACAAAAGGCAUAACCACCUGGCUUCUGCUUGUUAGGAAUGAAAACCCUGCAGACACACCAUCUCUUUGCUGAUAACGUCGGACACCCCUGCUUUAAGGGGACUAAACUAAGGACCUUUGAAACCGGACCCUUUAUCUAUAAGUAGGUCAUGUUUAUCAGAGAAACAGGAGGCCAUAUCACGAGCCAAAUGUCUGUAAAAAAAAAAAAAAAGAGAGAGAGAGCUUUUCAAUGUGUGCCUUUUUAAUGCUCCAUGAGCAGGAGCUUCAUGUGUCUCACGUCACCUUUUUUUUUAUUAUUACUAUUAUUUUUUUUUUGUCUAGAGCUCUAAUUUAUGAUUCUGAGAUUUCUGGGUGGAAAAUCAAUUUAACGCCCUCUUUUAGGGCGCUUGGUUUAAAUCCUCUAAUUACAUAUUGACAGUUGAAAGCCACCCUUCACCCCUAGAGGGUGUUUUAGUAUCAGAUUUUGUUCCAGAAGACGCUAAUCCAAUCCAAUAGACAUGAAUUAGGUAAGUCAGGUCUUCCUUUUAUGGGUAAAACUGAAACAAAGGCACUCCCUUUAGAUCAGAUUUCCCUCCCCAGGUGUCAUUAACUGUCUUCAAGUAAUGUCCACUCCAGGUAUACACCAGAUGUUGAGUUUAUUGAUGAGCACAUAUAAAGGACGUGAAUGGGACGUCUGGUGAAUACUGACUUGAAGAUGAGUAAAUUUGGUUUGUGUGCCUACCGUGAACCCGCUUCCUCUAAACUCUUUUAAAGUGUUGUAACUUUGUGCAUCAAGUUUUUGUUUUGAGUUUUCAGCCGACACCGAGGAGGACGUCUCAAAAUUAAAAUGACUGACCUUUUGACCAGAUUCUAGCCCUGUCUAUAGUGGUGUAUUAUAGAACUCUUAGAAAAAUGGGUUUCUCAAGGGUUCUUUGCAUGUUUAAAGGUCCUAGUGUCUAAAAUGUAGAUUUAAAAUCGAAUAGGUCCUGUUGGAGGGUUAUAUAUAGGCUUCCUGCCACCUGAAACAUCUUGCUUGUACAAAUCUUGUUUCUCUUUGGUCUUUACAUUAUUGCAUUGUGGUUUUGGUAAGUUCCGGGUUCACAUGAAUUGUUUACCCAAAUUUCGUGUAAAUGACCAGUUUUUUUAUACGUCAACUAUAUGAUCACAACUGAUUGUUCUUAUUGCCACACUGACACAAUAUACAGCCAGUCGAGCAUUACAUAUGAAGGAGGUUCGUUUAAAUUGUAUUUUAAAAGUAUUUUUUUUCCUCUUUUAAUCUUUAUACCGUUCUGGGAAAAAAAGAAUCAGACAUUAAGGCAGAAAAUAUGAUUUGUUUCACUUCAAACUGAUGAUGUGAAUUUAGCCAUAAAACAUUUAGAACCUUUUCCUUUUGCAGACAAAACCUUCACAAAAAUAAACCAUCUGUAGGUCAAAUUCGAUUUUAGGGCUGUGGUGAUCACGGUCAUGCUUUCGACAAACAUGUUCUUGUGCUACGUUAUGGCAUUUGGAACGCUGAGUUGUUGGGGAAAAGACUCCGUUUCUGCCUACCAAUAGAGAAAGGACAAUUUGUCCAUUUUAAACAGGGCUAGAUCAGGGGCACUCAAACGUGAUUUGUAACCAUCCAGCUACAUAAAAUGCUUUAAAUACAAAGUCCAGGAUAAGCAGUUACCAUUGUUAAUAAUUACCCCUCCCUCUAUAGAUUAGUCACUAAUGCUACAGCUUUCUUAAUUGUUCAGGCCUCUGAUGUAAAUUGACAUCUGGACCACAGUUUGCCAGUUGAGCAAACACGCUUUUGUAUUGUCCCACUUAGUAACCACUUUAAAGUGCUAUUCGUGGCUCUAUACACAUGGGUUUCCCUUUUACAAAACAUUUCAAGCACAACCUUUUAAGAAACCUACAAACUUCAUCUUAUCUAAAGAUCCCAUUGAGAAACCCGUUUCUCAUAAGAGUGUGCAAAGAAGAAAAUAAAGGUGAGUAUCGUGUAGCAUAUAAUGGAGCGUCUCGCACAAUACAUCUCACUCGGCAUGAAGGGAGAUUUGGGCAUUCUGAGAGAGACACAGAUGCUUUUAUUGAACACUUCUAGAGUGACGAGCUUUAGUGUGUUAACACUGACCUCUGAUGGCAAGCUUCAUAUUUCCUACACAAUAUACCAGAAACUUUUCGACUGCCGUCUACUUUUCUCCUUUUACUCUUGGUGUCCACAUAAUCACACAGCACUGCCUAUAGUUGCCUUUACUUUAGCCAUUGCUAUAACAAAAAAAAAAAUACCAAGUUGUAAUUUUUUCCCCCUAACAAUUCAUCUUCUUUACAAACAUGAGCUUUUUUUGUAUCAAUAAACAGCAGGGGUUAGGAUGUGUAUUUGGCCGUAAUGAUGGCGCUUUGGAGAUGGUGGGUUAAAUGCAUGUUCUAUAAUAAUGUUAACUGCACAAACUUGGUGACUGGAUAAAUGUAAUUACUGUUCAUCGGCUUAUGCACACAAUUUGUUGUCGCAUGCAAACCUAAAAUAAAGUAGUCCUAUAUGAGAA